AUAAAACCAUUACGAAGGAUUAACACGGGUAAACCGGUUGUCAUCGUGAUUUUGAACUCCGAGAUACAAUGCUUCCAAGACGUCUUUCUGAAACGUUUCUCCAAGCAACGCUGACAAUCUUCGUCGUACUGGUUCAACAUUCUAGUUCGGAAUCAAACCUCGAAAGUGGCUGCAAGGGGCCUGGGGUUUUUCCGCACCCAGCUGACUGCGCCCAAUUCCUGAUCUGCGCAGAGGAUCACGGGAAAACAUUCGUAGCCGAAACAGUUCCGUGUCCAGAGAACUACAGCUUCUCAGUGCCUGAGAAAACGUGCGUCCGCAGUGAAGAGUGUGUACCCGUGACACAUCCGCCGAGAAACAGGGUGACCCGAGCCGAUGGUCAGAGAGGAUGCAAGGCCUCGGGUCCAUACUGCGAGAGCUGCGACAGGCUAGUGGUCUGCGCCAAUCUGGGGGAGCGUGGUCUGACGGCUCUGACCAACAUAAGCUGCUCAGAAAUAGACCCGGACAUGAGCUGCAGCAAGGCCUCCUGCACGACGCAGCCAACAACUACACAGCCCUGCGAGGACUCCGAUAAAGCGGGCUCCUUCCGCUGUCUGCAACCGGGAUUUUUCCCGGACCCUGUCGACUGCAAGCGGUUCCACGUCUGUGGCAGUGACCUCAGUCACUUCUCAGGAGAAUGUGACGACAAGUUCGACGCCGACCUUGGGAUAUGCACGAGCGUCGACCCGGACAACGCGAAACCUCCAGGACCAGAGACGGAACAUCAGUGCAAGAACCUCGAAAAACCGUGCACUGAGCCGAACGUGUCACCUGUCCCCCUACCGACCUACCCCUCAUACUACGUCAUCUGCAUCCCAGUAGCCACAAAGAACCGCAAGUCGCCGUACACCUACCAGCUAUCGGUCGGAAAGUGCCCAGGGCGCCAGGUGUUCAAUUCCGAGACCAUGGCGUGCGAAUUCUCAUGCACCGGAAAGCGAGGGAGAUUCCAGGACCCCGACAACUGUCGUUCGUACAUAGAGUGCUCAGGUAACGCUGCAGUCAAGAAAGACUGCCCGGAUAACUUCGCGUUCCACCCGGACAGGAAAUUCUGUUUGCCAGAGUCGAUGGUGCAGGGGUGCCAGAGGACGAGGGCCGCAGUAGACGCCGACGCCACCACGACGCCAGCUACACCCACCACGACGCCGACUAUUCCAAACGAAGGGUUUCGGUGCCAAGCCAGCGGUGCGUUCCCCGAUAAAUCCGACUGUCACAAAUUUAUAACUUGUUCGCGUGUCUCCAGAGGUGGCAGGGUUUAUUUCCAUAUGCGCAGGAGGCAAUGCCCCUUCCUCACGUUUUUCAAUCCGAAUGGGUACUGUCAGUUAGGCUUCUGCUGGAACUAGUCACAGCAAUUCCCGGAAUCAGCCCAGCGUGAACACACACACACACACAAGCUUUGUAUGGACAGAGAAAAGGAAGUAGUCGACUUUCUCAUGCUGAGUUUCGAGUUCGAUAACCGGAAAUGGUAACUCAGCGUGUGGGCCCAUUUACAUUUCUAUUGAAGUCCAUUAUAUUAUACAAACAGUCCCCCAUAAAAAUUAUACACAUUAUAUUACAGAAUAUUAACAUUGUGGGGUUUUUUUUUCAUUUUUUUUUUUUGGGGGGGGGACAUCCCGUAAAUUGCUAUUGUGAUAUUGUCACCACACAUUAAUAUGUAGUACCUGGCAUCUACUUUGCCCACCUCUGAUCUACUGUAAACUGUAGACUUCAGUGUACGAACCGUGAAAUUUUCGUCGCAUUUAAAACUCAGUUCCCUUCAUUGCAAUCAUGAACACAAAUACAAGCUAUAAAUACUGACGACCUAAUACAUGUGAAUUAAAUGUUGUUUUUUCAAAACACACAUUCAUGCAGAAUGUAUAAUCUGCCCACAAUAUUUAUUUUCGUAAAUUGACGUCUGGCAAUUUAUAAUUAAUUCUGUUUUUUGCAAGCCCGAUUGAUAUGGGCAGUGCAAACAUCGCUUAUUCAGCGAUGUAUUUAAACCAAUAAUUACCGUAUGAAGUUAAAAGCAAUAACAAAUAUCCCACCAACGAAAAUAUUUGCAGUUGGGUUACUAUAAACGAGACUGUAAAGUUUAAUCAGAGUUGAGUUAGUCUGCAAACUUCCUUACUGUUCUUUGCACACGGUACAACAUUGGUCUUGAUGUUUAUUUACCACCAACAACAAUCUUCUGUUGAAACCGGAAAUUAAUAGUAUACAGUCCCUACUACAAUGUGCAAGUCUAUAACCACAAAUUUUAAUGUUAAGAAAAUAAAUCAUCAGUACAUAUAUAGCAGCCCAUAACACAAGAUUCUGCUUAGAGCCAACAUACAUGUACACCACACUGCGAAGUACCCAAUAGAAUUUACACAUUACAGAACUAUCUUGAAUGUCAAGCAUUCAAUUAUUCGCUAUGACGCAUUUCUUUAUAAAUCUGAUAAAGGCUGAAUUUUAAUCAAUGAUUUAUUGCCGGUUUGGUUUUAAUAAGAAGUCGCCCACGAGACGUAUUUUCUAGGACAACGCCACCGUCACAUUUGAUUACACAUGAAACGUUCACAAUACGUAAUAAAAAUGGUUACCAUUUCAAACAAUAUCCUAUUCCCUUUGUUCGUAAACACAACGGCCAACUUAAGAUAUUCAAAGGCAAAUAUUGCUUAACUAUAAACAAAAAAUAAAGUAAAACACUUCCAUACCUUCGUACAAUGCAGAAAUGAAGAAUUCGCUGGGCAACCUCGGAAACCGGCGUCAUGCUGACUUAAUGGCGCACCAACAUUAAUCGGCAAAUAAGUUCGUCAGUAAAACAGUUACAAUACAAAUAUAGCCACCUUUUCCCAGUCCGCACUCACUCACAAUGUUAUAUGUAUUCGGUUCCGAAUAAAUAACUCAAAACUUUUCAAAUCGCAAA